CUGGCCUGUAUUCAGAGAACCUCAGCCUUUCUCCCCCUCUUGCAACAGUCCUUGGUGUCUUUAUGUGAGCUGCUUAUUAACCAGGGGAUAUCAGGACACUGGGAGGGGACUGCUGGUGCUGGUUGCCAGGGAGGGUAGUUCAGCAUCGCAGAGUGCAGCAAAGCUGAUGUGUGUCGUCUGAGACAGACACAGGCAGGCAGGAUGGAACCAAAGUCUUGCCGGAGCAUCACGUUGGAGGGUCCUGUGACCUGUGGGUGGCCAGGAGGCCCCAGGGUUCACUAACCGCACGGCCCCUCCACAGAGGAGUUCUGUCGGCCGGGACAAAGGAUGAUGGAUGGCUCUGAAGGCAGGAGCACGAGCCCUAGUUGUGGGGGGCAGGGCAUGGCCCUGGAUCACCACUGCUCCCCUCAGGGCAACAGAUGGGCUCUUUCAAUGCUGUAGGAACUCCUCUACAGCCUUCCUUUGCCAAAGAGACUACUUUUCAAGAAGAGGCCCCCAAUUCAACAGGCAAACCCUGGGCACCCUCCCCCCUCACUUCCAGUAAACUGCUGUGGACUGUCCCAGUCUAUAGGAUCGCUACUGACAGGCUCCAGCAGCCAGCUGACCCCGCUGAGGUCAAAUUGUGGAAGCAGAGCCCUCCCCGGACCACGGAGAUGGUUCUUGAUCCAAGAGCGGGGAAUGGCUUCCUGCUGGGUCUAAAGACAGGCGGCUUAGCCGGGCUUCAGUUGGGCCACAGGGUGACAGGUCUUAGGUUUCAAGUUGGGAUCAGCUGCCUGAGGGAAAUGGCUGGGGAAACUCUCCCUCUUGGCUCCCUUUCCUCAUGCAGGAUGGCUAAAGGAAGAGAAAGCUUAGAGCUGCUGAGCUGGGGUUGGUGCCUUAAAAAUAAUGAUAUAAACACAGCCCAGAAGUCGGCCUGUGGACUCCCUGACGGGGACCAGACGAGAAACACUGUCCUGACUUACCCCUCGGCCCACGCUCUGCCCUCAUCUAUCACCUCAGAAACUAAACAGCUUCCUCAGAUGGCCCCGUGGAACAUAAAUCACAAGGGCCCUAGCUUCCAAGAAACCUGUCCGCAAGUGCAGCCCUCCUGUUUCUUCCUCCUCGGCGCUCAGAACAAGGGGGGCUGGCAGGUGUGAGGUGCAAGUGAAAUGAGAGAAUGCAGGUGGACACGUCCGUGAACUUCAGCUGCGGUGUCCUCCUUCCAUUGGCGGAAGACUGUUCCCGGGCCCGGAGAAGGAGAACAAGCAAACACCCCUUCUAAUUCUCAUCCCAAACAAGAAGGGCUGUGGGCCGGAGCCGUGAUGAUUUCGUAAAGCCCCAAGCUUCUUUCCCUGCUCGCUCUCACGCCAGAUCUGUGCCAGACUGGUUUAUGCUUGGCGACCUCAGUGACCUCCAACAUGUUGAGAUUCUCACGGCAAAGCCCAGCAGAUACCUAGACCUGGCUGGAGCAGAGACAAAUUCAAACGCUCUGGGCGGGGGGUAGGAGGACAGUGAAAUACAGUGUCAAAGAAUGUUUGUUCCAGGGGCGCCUGGGUGGCUCAGUGGGUUAAGCCUCUGCCUUCGGCUCG